CCGCGAAAAUUUCAGGCAUAGAAGCAGCCACACCCACACAAGCUCAAGUUCAAAGUUAUCUCCGCACUCUCUUCUUCUUCUUCUUCUUCCUUCACUUAUCUUCUUCCUCUCUCUGUUUCUCUCACUAUCUCUCUAAAUUGCUCACAUAUCCUCAAUUUGAGCUUGAUGAUUUCGAAUUCGAUACGUCUAUAACCCCAAUUCCUUUCGAAUUCGGUAGCUUUUGUGUCAUUUCUGGUUCGAAAUCCGUCGGGAUUGGAAUGAGAUAAAAAGUCUCUGAAUUUGCUAUUGCUUUUUGCUUUGUUCGUUAUCUGGGUUUAUUGGAGAUGCCGUCGAUGCUUGUUCUCGUCGGCACAAUGCCAUCGUUGGCUUCUCUGGUUAGUCUAGGUGGUGCUUGUGCAAGCGUUUCAGGAACGAGUUCUUCGGAUGCAUCCUAUGCGUUAGUUAAAAGGGUUUCUUUGUCAAGGAGAAGCGUUAAGGGUACUAAGAAAUGGCUCUGUAGAUAUUCCGUUUCGUCUUCUACUACUACUACUACUGCUGACUUCAUUGCUGAUCAAAACAACAAUUCUAUAGAUUCUAACUCGUUUAGAGGGAGUAAAGAUGGGGAUGAUACCGAGGUUGUGCUCAAACAGAAUCCUAAACCUGUGUUGAAACCCCCUAUGCCAAGGGUGGAAAGAGUUUUGGGGUCGAAUACUGCUCCUUGGACUAAGGAUUUAUCCAAUGGGGGUAAGUUUGAUGGCGAAGAAGAGAGGAAUAAGGUUAUUGAAUCUCUUGGUGAUGUGUUAGAUAAAGCUGAGAAAUUGGAAAUACCGAAACCAGGUAAUAGAGAAGGUGUUGAGGCUGUUAAACCGUCACCGCCUACUGCCAGCAGUAGUAACUCGAAAAAUGGUAGCUAUGCGAGUGCUGGAGCCACAAGGAAGACGAAAACUAUGAAGAGUGUGUGGCGUAAGGGAGAUGCUGUCUCUGCUGUGCAAAAAGUUGUUAAGGAAUCACCUAAAAUUGAUAAUAGAGGAAUGCAGGUCGAACCUAGAACAAAAGAAGAGGAAGAGGCCAAUGCCAAAGCAGGCGCUCAAUUGGCACCACCUCAGCCACCUUUUAGACCUCAACCUCCUGUAAGACCCCAGCCAAUGUUACAAGGGAAGCCUAUGGUAGCUCAACCACCCGUCAAGAAAUCACCCAUCUUAAAAGAUCUUGGUAUGGCACCAAAACCUCCAGUUUCUCAAGAAGUUGAUUCUAGCAUUAAAAGUAAAGAAAGGAAGCCUAUUUUGGUUGACAAAUUUGCUUCCAAGAAAAAGGCUGUUGAUGCUGUGGCCUCUCAGGCUGUGUUAGCUCCUACGAAGCCUGGAAAGGGUCCUCCCUCUAACAAGUUCAGAGUUGAGCACCGUAAUAAAAAAAAUGCAUCAGCUAGCCCAAGACGAAGAAUUGUUGCUGAAGAUGACGGCGAUGAAGAUACAUCCAUUUCUAGAUCAGGUAGAAAAGGGAGAAAAUGGAGUAAAGCGAGUAGGAAGGCUGUAAGACUCCAGGCUGCAAAAGAUGCUGCACCUGUCAAAGCUGAAAUCUUAGAGGUAGAGGAAGAAGGCAUGUCCAUCGAGGAUUUGGCUUACAACCUAGCCAUCGGCGAAGGUGACAUCCUCGGGUAUCUAUAUUCAAAAGGGAUUAGACCUGAUGGUGUGCAGACCUUGGACCGAGAGAUGGUGAAGAUGAUUUGUAGAGAUUACGAUGUUGAGGUCCUUGAUGCUGAUUCAGUUAAAGUAGAAGAGAUGGCAAAGAAACGGCAAACUUUUGAUGAAGAAGAUUUGGACAAGUUAGAGGACAGGCCUCCUGUCAUAACGAUAAUGGGUCAUGUGGACCAUGGAAAGACUACUCUUCUAGAUUAUAUCAGGAAAAGCAAGGUUGCUGCUUCAGAAGCAGGGGGAAUUACACAAGGAAUUGGUGCUUAUAAGGUGUCUGUCCCUUUUGAUGGAAAGAUGCAGUCCUGUGUUUUCCUUGAUACCCCUGGACAUGAGGCAUUUGGGGCAAUGAGAGCUCGAGGAGCACGGGUCACUGACAUUGCAAUCAUUGUGGUUGCUGCUGAUGAUGGAAUUCGUCCUCAAACAAAUGAAGCAAUAGCUCACGCAAAGGCUGCUGCUGUACCAAUAGUCAUAGCUAUAAAUAAGAUAGAUAAAGAAGGAGCUAGUCCAGAUAGAGUGAUGCAAGAGCUUUCUUCAAUUGGUUUGAUGCCGGAAGACUGGGGUGGUGAUGUUCCAAUGGUUCAGAUCAGUGCGUUGAAAGGGGAGAAUAUAGAUGAUCUGUUGGAAACUGUCAUGCUUGUUGCAGAGCUGCAAGAGUUGAAAGCAAAUCCACACAGAAAUGCCAAAGGUAUUGUUAUCGAGGCUGGACUUGAUAAAGCAAAAGGACCAUUUGCGACAUUCAUUGUUCAGAAGGGCACUUUGAAAAGAGGGGAUGUUGUUGUUUGCGGAGAAGCUUUCGGAAAGGUACGAGCUUUAUUUGAUCACAGCGGGGGACGAGUUGAUGAAGCUGGACCCUCCAUACCUGUACAGGUGAUUGGCUUAAAUAAUGUCCCCAUUGCCGGUGAUGAAUUUGAGAUUGUCGCUUCCCUUGAUGUGGCUCGUGAGAUGGCAGAGGCACGUGCAAUAUCACUACGAGAUGAAAGAAUAUCUGCAAAGGCUGGGGAUGGAAAGGUCACACUUUCCUCCUUAGCUUCUGCUGUAUCAGCGAAAAAGAUGUCAGGCUUAGAUUUGCAUCAGCUUAAUAUCAUCUUGAAGGUUGAUGUACAGGGAUCGAUUGAAGCAGUCAGACAAGCCUUGCAAGUCCUCCCUCAGGAGAAUGUCACCUUGAAAUUCUUGCUACAAGCGACAGGGGAUGUGAGCAACAGUGAUGUUGAUCUUGCAUCAGCAAGUGAAGCCAUCAUUUUUGGAUUUAAUGUCAAAGCGUCUGGUUCUGUUAAGAAAGAUGCAGAAAACAAAGGUGUUGAAAUCCGACUAUACAGAGUUAUCUAUGAGCUUAUUGAUGAUGUGCGAAACGCAAUGGAAGGACUUCUUGAGUCUGUUGAGGAACAAAUCCCAAUUGGCUCAGCAGAAGUUCGGGCUACUUUCAGCAGUGGUAGUGGUCGUGUGGCUGGGUGUAUGGUGAAUGAAGGGAAAUUUGUCAAAGAUUGUGGCAUCAGGGUACUCCGGAAGGGUAAAACUGUCCAUGUCGGUGUCCUUGAUUCUCUUAAACGAGUUAAAGAAAACGUGAAAGAGGUGGGUGCUGGAUUAGAAUGUGGUAUUGGGAUGGAUGACUACGAUGAUUGGAUUGAAGGAGACAUCAUCGAGGCCUUUAACGCAGUUCAAAAGAGGCGAACGCUAGAAGAAGCAUCGGCUUCAAUGUCUGCCGCGAUUGAAGAGGCUGGAGUUUAAUUGUGAUAUAGGAUUUGCUUCUAAAGUCAUCCAAGAAACUCAGGCAAACAACAAAACCAGACCCCCAGGGUAAGAUUUGGGUCAGACAACCUUUUGGUUGGUACAUUGUUUGUAUGGUCUCAUAUUGUAUAUGGCAAAUGUUUCUACAUGUGGUUGAUUGAUGUAGGAAAAAAAAGAAAGAAAAAAGACCCAAAUGAAACAGUAUUUAUCUUGAAAAAGUCACAAAAAGUAUCCUUUAUUUAUUGUC